AUGCGCCGCGGCCGCCGCGAGCUGGACGAGCUCACCGCGGCGCUGGCGGACGUGCAGGCGCGCCAGCAGAGCCUGGCGCGAGGCGACGUGCUGUCUCGCCCCUCCCCACUCCCCGCAGCAGCCCAUGACCUCGCCGCCCCGGCGUCCGGCUCGCCGCCAGCCGCCAAGGACAUGCCGCGUCCGCCCGCGUUCCAGUGGCUCAAGCGCCGCGUCGUGCGCCGCAGCGAGCGCAAGGACAGCGCCCUGGAGGACUUGGGCAGCCUCGAGCUCGUCGCGUCGGCGUCGCUGGUCACGGUGCGCGCGCUCAUUGGCCAGUUCAUCGCGCUGCCGCCUCGCCGCGAGUUCCAGUUCGUGCACCCGACGACCAACGCGCCGGUGGACGGCGCGCAGGAGAAGGAUGUCCGAGCCGCCGACCUGGCCUUUAUCUGCAUCGUGCUGUUGCCGCCGAGAGAGGUUGCAGUGACUGGAGACGCCCCCACUGGUUUGGAUGUGGAGCAGCAGCACCGGCGGCAACGCCCAGACACGGCGCACCCCCAGCAGCCACAGCCGCCGCAGCAGACGAAGCUUCCAUCAUGGAUUUCGGACACACGUGUGGCUGCACGACCAAGAACUGCUGCUAGUACGGUUGUGGCUGCUGCUGUUGCUCCGUCGAAGCGCGUUUUGCCAGAUAAGUUGAAGCGAAGACGGUGGGUGGAGGAGUGA